AUGGCAGAAGGCUGCGUCCUUCCCGUCCCCGCCCAAGGAGACGUCUAUAUCCACGAUGGCGAGCUCCAAAUCACCAAUGCGGCUGCCAACAUUUUCAUUGUCUACGACCGCCAGCCUCAAGGCGACACUCGUCCGCCUUCAAGCUUAUCCGUCGAGUUCGUUAUGGGCAACGUCUAUCUCAUCGAUUAUGCCUACUUCGCUCCUUUCAAGUGGGGCAGUACUCGCCUCUUCGGCAACCUGAUCAAGGGCUUUGGCCUUGAUUUCGAAGGUUGCCAUCGGGGCGAUACACACGUCAAGACUGUCUACGACGAUGUUGUUUGUGUUGUAGGCAAUCAGCGGGGCACAGUCUGUUCGAUUGGAACAGUCGCUGGCAACCUCAUCACCGUCUUAGACCUGUCCCGGGUUUUCAGUCAUCCGAAGCCGCACAACGUAGCUGUUACAUAUGUUCACGGCCUGACCCUUCAUGAAUCGCACCUUGCCUACGGUGGUGGCCUCCACAGGGCAUAUUCCGCAUGGGCUUCAAUGAGGUUACCUGCGGACCCGCGAACCUCAUCUAUCGAAGCGUUCGCAAUCGAUGGGACUGAGAGCGCACAAAAUCCGAGCAGUAAAGAGAGCUCAACUGAUUGGGGAAAGUAUGCAAACCCGGGCCAACAUAAUUUGGUCCGUCUCACUGAUCAGCUGAGGAAUGUCACCACUGACCAAGAAGAGGCUUGCAAGAAGGUUCUGGAUUCGAAGAGGCAAGCCGCUGCUAUCGCCCGAGAGAUCGACUUGCGGAAGCUUGGUCUGCUGUCUCUAGAGAAAGACUUUGCUUCGGCCGGUCAAUCCAACCUUCUUCAGCCUCUCGUCAGCCUCGCAACUACUUGUGGUAACUGUCGAAGGAGAGGACACGAAGUCCGAGACUGCAUUGGCCCGGUAGAUGUCAAUGGGUUCAUUGCUGCCUGCCCGCUCUGCAACAAAAAUGAUCAUCUCUAUGAUCAAUGUAGCUCAAGAGUGAAGCUCAAAAAGGCAGAAAAGAAGGUAAUGGACUUCGAAUAUUUGGUCCUGUGGCGACAGAACAAGGCUCCCUUGAGGUCUAAUAUUUGCUGGAUCGUCGCUUGGGUCAAGUAUGAAUGUCCGCGGAUGACCCUGCCCCAUACCAAAGCGUUCGCUCUCAAAUUGUCCACUUACAAGACGGCUAUUGCCCCCUAUCCCGAUUGGAGAACAUAUCGUUAUCCUACAUCCGCAGCUGAAGCCAAGUCGGAAAACCACAAUUUGUCUCGCGAUCCAAACACUGUCUACGAAGACGGAAGAAGAUGCAAUCUUGGCCCGGGAUCCCAAUCCCUCUGCACCAAUCCUGGUUACGGUACCGUCAGAAAGAAAAUGGAGAAACUGGGUAUCAAGCUUUGCACAGAGGCCCAGAACCCCGUUAGACAAAUAUCCAAGAAGAAAAAGCGGAAGAUGACUCAGAACAAGAGAGAUGGGAGCCGUUUCGCCACUGGUGCCAACUGUACCAUUCUUCAACGCCCUCUCCCAGCAGCUCCGCUUGUGCACAACACCGAUCCCGUCAGGAUCAAGCAAGAGGAAGAGGGAUGA